AAAAUGGGAUUGCUAUUAAUAGUGACAAGUUUGUUGUUCAUGCUUGGACCUACUCAUGGUUUUCUAGGGGAAUCAGCUCCUGAAAAUCCAGAAUCAAGUAUGAGUGCUGCUGAGAUGAUUGCUUUUUGGGGAUAUCCCAGUGAAGAAUAUAAAGUCAUAACUGAAGAUGGUUAUAUCCUUGGGAUCAACAGAAUCCCUCAUGGGAAGGAAAAUUCAAACAACACAAAACCAAAACCUGUCGUGUUUCUGCAGCAUGGAUUGUUUGCAUCAUCCGCAGAUUGGGUUGCCAACCCUUCCAACAUUAGCCUGGCCUUCAUUUUAGCAGAUUCUGGCUUUGAUGUGUGGAUGGGAAACAACAGAGGCAACACCCUGUCCAGCAAAAAUAUAUACUAUCCAACAGACUCGGUUGAAUUCUGGGCUUUCAGUUUUGAUGAAAUGGCCAAAUAUGAUCUUCCAGCCAUGAUAAAUUUUGUCUUAGAAAAAACUGGACAGAAGAAGCUAAAAUAUGUUGGUCAUUCACAGGGCACCAGCAUUGCUUUUGCUGCCUUUUCUACAAACCAAGAACUGGCUAAGAAAAUACAAACACUUUAUGCAUUAGCUCCAGUUGCCUUUGCUCAACAUACUACAACCCCUUUAAAAAAAAUUUCACUGAUUCCUGUACCAGUGCUAAGGCUUAUACUAGGAUAUAAGAUGAUAUUUCAACAUGAAAUUUUGGAACAGCUUCUUGCUACUGAACUGUGCCCACGUGAGUUCUUGAAUACCAUCUGCAAAAAUGGCUUAUUUCUCAUCUGUGGAUUUGAUUCAAAGAACUUGAACACGAGUCGCUUGGAUGUGUAUUUAUCACACAAUCCUGCAGGAGCUUCAGUUCAAAACCUUUUCCAUUGGAACCAGCUCCUUAAAGGAGGCAGAUUUGAAGCUUAUGACUGGGGAAGUUCAGAUGAGAACAUGAAGCACUACGGUCAGCCCACACCUCUCCAAUAUAAUCUGACAAAAUUAGAAGUGCCAGUUGCAGUGUGGAAUGGUGGCAGUGACUGGGUGGCUGACCCUCGUGAUGUCGACACAUUACUAAGCAAACUCCCUAACAUUAUUCACCACAAGAAGAUUUCUAAUUACAAUCACUUGGACUUUGUUUGGGCGAUAGAUACUCCCCAAGAAAUUUACCAUGGUCUUGUUUCCAUGAUGAAUGAAGAUAGAAAUUAG